AUGGUGCCCAUACACACAGCUCCAAUUCGCUUCCAUGAAGGGGAGAAGCAAAUGCGGUCACUCCUCCGUGUCCCUGAUGGUGACAAUCCUACAUCUCCUGGCCUCAGUCCGUAUGCUAGGCGCGUACUACAUAUUUCCUCGUUACUAGCCAUUGGUACGUUGGAUGCUGAAGGACGUCCUUGGACUACGUUGCUGGGUGGCGAACCAGGUUUUGCAAGGUCUUUGGGCCAAUCCAUCAUCGUGGUGAAGACUUUAGUUGAUCGGACGUUUGAUCCCGUGAUUGGAAUUUUGUUGGGCGACAAAAAAGAUGGGGAAGUCCACGAAGAGAAAGGGGAUGGACGGUUGGUCUCGGCUCUGGGAAUACAUCUAGCGACGAGAGGCAGGGUAAAGUUGUCAGGAAAGAUGGUUGCUGGUGCUCUUGGAUAUCAUACACGGGAAGCAGACGCAGAUGAAAGUGGUGCGGCGGAGGUCCAGUUAGUCUUCGCUAUCCAGCAAAGCUUAGGCAAUUGUCCCAAGUACUUGAACCAAAAACAAAUAGUUCCAUCUCUGCCGGAACCUUUGCUGCUGUCCGAUACCCUUCCUUUGCCUGAGCCGGCUCUAAGGCUGAUCGCUAAGGCUGACAUGUUCUUCCUUUCUUCAUCGAAUCAUGAAUCGAACAUGGGAACAAACCAUCGUGGUGGGCAACCAGGCUUUGUUCGUGUGGCGAAGAACAAUGCGUUUGAGUCCGUUCUGGUGUACCCGGAAUUGAGUGGUAACAGGUUGUAUCAGACACUGGGGAAUCUGUACACAACUCCUCAGGCUGGUUUGAUCUUCCCAGACUUUGACAGCGGAGACGCUCUGUAUCUUACAACUACCACUGAGAUUGUGCUUGGCAAAGAGGCACCGACCGUUCUUUCCCGGUCCAACCUCGUUGUAAAAUUGCACGUAUUGGCAGCUCGCUUCGUUAAAAAUAGCUUGUCUUUCCGAGGCGACAAUCUCGAGCGAUCGCCAUACAAUCCUCCCGUCCGUUAUCUUCCCGCGGAAAAAGCCAUAGCCGAUGCACAGACCAACAACAGCAAGGUGGUCCAUGCGAAAUUCUUGGCGAGAGAUCGGCUUGCUCCCACAAUUGCACGCUUCCGGUUUAGCAUAAGUGAUUCUGAAGCGUCAGGGCGUUGGACGCCAGGCCAGUACGUGGCUCUAGCUUUUGAAGACGAAUUAUCAGUGGGCUACAGCCACAUGCGGGACGAUGAUCCAAAGAGCUUGAACGAUGACUUCGUACGGACCUUCACGGUCUCGUCAUCACCUGGUGAGCUCCCGGAAGAUGAGUUCGAAAUCACAAUUCGGAACGUUGGGACUGUCACAAAUUUCUUGUUCCGACAAAACGUACGCACUGGACUCGAAGUCCCACUGAAAGGCUUUGGAGGCAGCUUCACCAUUCAACAAGGCUCUAAGGGCAUGGUUCCAUUCGUCGCUGGUGGUAUCGGUAUUACGCCUCUUCUUGCCCAACUACAUACUUUGGACUUGGCACGCGUACAGCUAUUUUGGGCAAUCAACGUCCAUGACAUUGGGUUAGUAAUCGAUACUAUCGAGCGUUGUCCCGAGUUGGGUGCGUCCACAAGAAUAUUCAUAUCUAGACUCAGCGAACAGUCACCCCCAGAAAGUAACCUCCAAAUUCAAAUGCUUGAGGUUUACGGCGUUCACAUCGCCACUAGACGUAUGGUAGCUUCCGAUGUCGAAGGACAUCGAGACGGGUCAUCGAUAUGGUAUCUGUGUACAGGAGGUACACUACGUGAAUCGCUAUUGGCUUGGCUACCGGGGAAGACGACUGUCUACGAGGACUUUGAUUAUUAA